AUGGAUCCGAGUGUUUUUGCUUUGUUUUUGCUGAGGAUUAUUAUUUCUGCAUUUGGUGUAGUAGGAAACGGGAUCUUGAUCAUAUCAAUACUCCACUUGAAACGAAUGAAGACAUUCGAAGUGUUCCUGCUUGGACUGGCUAUCGCCAACUUUGGUGAGAUUAUGCAUGUUGACAUCUAUGACGCCAUUGUGCAAUCUAGGCAGACCCUAAGCAUUUGGUAUUGUGUUGUUUUAAAAUUUUUAAACAUCUGUGGAGAAAAUACCAGCAUUUUUUUCACAGUGCUUAUCAGCAUCUACCGCUAUCAGAAGAUACACAACGCUGCCUUGAGGAUAAUCACACCUAUCUUUAUGGACAGUAGGGAAGCUGCAAUUGUUUUUAGUCUGGGAUGCGUUUUGGCAGCUGUCCUUUUAGGCUUGCCGACUUACUUCAUAAAUCAGAACACUUGGCGUAUGGGAAAUUCAACCGCAGAAGACUGUCCGACAGAUUUUUUUCAGUGUUCAGAAGGUCAUUGUCCAACUAUAAAUGGCAUUUACAAGUACCUUUUUAUCAUCAUCUGCCAUGUUUUGCCUCUCAUGAUUGUCACAUGGACAAGUGUCUUAAUUAUCAAGAUUUUAAUUGUUCAGCAGAAGGCGGUGGAUGCACAUCAUGAGUCAGAGCCACGUGCCACAGUUGACCACCAUCACGAGCAUGAUCUGUUCCAUCGGAGCACCAUUGGAAUCCUAGCUGCAAUGUCCCUCUUCCAAGUGGACUGCAUUUUGUAUUUGAUUCUUCACUUGGCGUUUAGCCCAUAUGACUUUCCUGCUUGGUCAGAGCUGGAGUUCUUUAUUACAACGUUUUAUACAGGUAUCAUCCCUUAUAUCUACGGUACAGGACAUAACUUCUUCAGCAUGAAGCAUUUCUUGAAAGAGUAA